UUUCUGCCAGGAAUGAAUGUCUUCUAGGUUUUAUACCUUUAUAUGGUAUUCUGCCAAAAGCAUCACUAUUAACUCUGGUGGACCGUUUUCCCUGAGACGGUCUGCAGUAGAGAUAGUUUGUACAGUUUUGUGUCACUGAAGAGGUUUGUGGAUAGAUUCCCCCCCGCCCCCCGCCAACGUUAUGCAUUGAAUUGUGUCCUCCCAAAAUAUAUGUUGUAAAUCCUGAUCCUUAUACCUAUGGAUAUACUCCCAUUUGGUAAUAGAAUUUUCUUUGUUGCGUUAAUGUGGCUAUAUCAGUGUAGGGUGUGUUUUAAGCCAAUCACUUGAGAUAUAAAAGAGCAGAUUAGGCACAGAAGAAAACAGACAUGGGGGGAAGACUACAAACCCAGGAACUCCCAGGGAUGGCCAGCUAGAGAAGUAGAGUCAAGGAUUUUCCCCCAAAGCCAACAGAGAGUCUUCCUCUAGAGCUGGUGCCCUGAAUUUGGACUUCUAGUUACCCAAGUAAAGAAAUUUCUGCUCAUUAAAGCCACUCCCUAAGAAAUUACAACACUUCUCUUUAGUAGGGUCCAGCAAUUUAAUUUCUUUAGUCCUCAAGAAUAGAUCUCAAGAAUAGAUUUGACACAUUGAACACUAACGACUGAAGUCCAGAUGAGUUGUGGAAUGACAUCAAGGACAUCAUACCUGAAAAAAGCAAGAAGCCAUUAAAAAGACAGGAAAGAAAGAAAAGACCAAAAUGGAUCUCAGAAGAGACUCUGAAACUUGCUUUUGAAUGCCGAGCAGCUAAAGCAAAAGAAGAAAUGAUGAAGUAAUAGAAGUGAGCCGAAGAUUUCAAAGGGUGGCUUGAGAAGAGAAAGUAGAGUAUGACAAUGACAUGUGCACAGAGCUGGUGAUAGAAAAUCAAAAGGAAAGACCACGCUCUGCAUUUCUCAAGCUGAAAGAACUGAAGAAAAAAUUCAAGCCUCGAGUUGCAGUAGUGAAGAAUUCUAUGGGGAAAAUAUUAAAUGACUCAGGAGGCAUCAAAAGGAGAUGGAAGAAAUAUACAGAGUCAUUAUACCAAAAAGAACUGGUUAACAUUCAACCAUUUCAAGAGGUAGCACAUGAUCAGGAACUGAUGGUGCUGAAGGAAGAAGUCAAGGCUCCAUUGAAGGCAUUGGUGAAAAACAAGGCUACAGGAAUUGACGGAAUAUCAAUUGAGAUGUUUUAACAAACAGAUGCAGUGCUGUAAGUGCUCACUCAUCUAUGCCAAGAAAUUUGGAAGACAGCUUCCUGGCCAGCUGACUGGCAGAGAUCCAUAUUUAUGCCUAUUCCCAGGAAAGGUGAACCAACCGAAUGUGAAAAUUAUCACAGUGUCAUUAAUAUCACAUAGAAGCAAAAGUUUGCUUAAUAUCACAUGGAAGCAAAAUUUUGCUGAAGAUCAUUCAAAAGUGGCUACAGCAGUAUAUCGACAGGAAACUGCCAGAAAUUAAGGUCAGAUUCAGACAUGGAACCAGGGAUAUCAUUGCUGAUGUCAGAUGGAUCCUGGCUGAAAGCGGAGAAUACCAGAAGGAUGUUUGCCUGUGUUUUAUUGACUAUGCAAAGAUGUUUGACUGUGUGGAUCAUAACAAAUUAUGGAUAACAUUGCGAAGGAUGAAAAUUCCAGAACACCUUCAAUUGUACUCAUGAGGAACUUGUACAUCGAUAAAGAGGCAGUCGUUCAAACAGAACAAGGGAAUUACCGAGUAGUUUAAAGUCAGGAAAGAUGUGCGUCAGGGUUGUAUCCUUUCACCAUGCUUAAUUCAGUCUGUAUGCUGAGCAAAUAAUUUGAGAAGCUGGACUAUAUAGAGAAAAACGGGACAUUAGGAUUGGAGGAAGACUCAUUAACAACCUGCGUUUUGCAGAUGACACAACCUUUCUUGCUGAAGGUGAAGAGGACUUGAAGCACUUACUGAUGAAGAUCAGAGACCACAGCCUUCAGUAUGAAUUACACCUCAACAUUAAAAAAAAAAAAAAAAUCCUCGCAACUGGACCAGUAAGCCACAUCAUGAUAAACAGAGAAAGGAUCGAGGUUGUCAGGGAUUUUAUUUUACUUGGAUCCACAGUCAACAGCCAUGGGAGCCCAAAACCCAGUGCCGUCGAGUUGGUUCCAACUCACAGCAACCCUAUAGGAAAGAGUAGAACUGCCCCAUAGAGUUUCCAAGGAGCGCCUGGCAGAUUUGAACUGCUGACCCUCUGGUUGGCAGCCGUAGCGCUUAACCACUAUGCCAUCAGGGUUUCCAGCCAUGGAAGCGGUAGUCAGGAAAUCAAAAGACACAUUGCAUUGGGCAAAUCUGCUGCAAAGGACCUCUUUAAAGUGUUGAAAAGCAAAGAUGUCACCUUGAAGACUAAGGUGUGCCUGACCCAAGCCAUGAUAUUUUCAGUCUCGUCAUAUGCAUGCAAAAGCUGAACAAUGAAUAAGGAAGAUCGAAGAAGAAUUGACGCCUUUGAAUUGUGGUGUUGGCGAAGAAUACUGAAUAUACCAUGGACUGCCAAAGAAAGAACAAAUCUGUCUUGGAAGAAGUACAACCAGGAUGCUCCUUAGAAGCAAGGAUGGCGAGACUGCGUCUUACGUACUUUGGACGUGUUGUCAGGAGGGAUCAUGUUCUCUCUGGAGAAGGGCAUUAUGUUUGGUAAAGUAGAGGGUCAGCAGAAAAGAGGAAGACCCUCAAUGAGAUGGCUUGACACAGUGGCUGCACAAUGGGCUCAAGCAUAAUAACCAUUGUGAGGAUGUGCAGGACUGGGCAGUGUUUCUUUCUGUGGUACAUGGGGUCGCUAUGAGUUGGAACCGACUCGAUGGCACCUAACAACGACAGCCCUUAAGUAGAAUCGUUAGAUCUAAAUAGUGCCCUUUGGUGCAACUCUUCAGCAGAGAGUUAGGGAAAAAGUAAAGAGUCUGGAGACAGGAAUAGCAUGAAAAAGGAAAAACUAGGGUAUGAAGGCACAUUUGUGAUAUUGAAUUGUAGAAUGCCUGGAAAAAAUGGUGGAGGGAGGUAGGAGAUGCUACUUGGCUUUUGUGGACCCCCAUAUUCUGCUUCUGCUUUAAUGUUGUAGUUUUGGUGUUCUUAAUUUGACACGUAUUUGGGACUUAAAAUAUUGACAAUUGAUAACAUUUUGUUCUGUUUGGUUUAAGUUAGUUGAAGAUGGGUUAUUCAUAAUCAUACAGUGUUUAGCUGAGUUCCAUCCGUUUUUUUUAUUCUUUGAAAGUGAAGAAUCUGAGGUGUGGAGUUGGUAAAUAACUAAACCCAGUGUCUGACUGAGGGUCUUUGACCCUCAAACCAGCACUCAUUCUACCAGUUCAUAGCACUGAGUAGUUUUAUUUCUCACUUUUGAAUCUGUUACCUUCCUGAGACUCAGAUUCUUGAUUGCUCUUUGGAUUGAAUUAAGGCGUGCAAAAGAAUCAUUUGUCAUUUCUAAUAAAGGCUUGGCUGAAAAACCUAAUUGUGUCUGGUGUACCUGUGAAAUAUAAGUCUUUCCUUUUUUUUUUUUAAAUAGGGCAUUAUAUUAGUUAAAAAAAAUUUGUUUUAGGUGAAAGUUUACAGCUUAAGUUAAUUUCUCAUACAAAAAUUUAUACACGUGUUGUUAUGUGAUACUAGUUGCGAUCCCUGUAAUGUGACAGCACACUUCCCUUUCCACCCCGGGUUUCCCCUGUCCAUCUAACCAGCUCUGUUAUUUCUUGAUUGUCUAAAUUUUAUUCUGGGUUAUAUUACCAGAGCUUUCUGUGCUUCACAUUCCUGGAUAUAGAGACCUUAGUGAGUUAGUCCAGUUAUCUUUAUUUUGUAGAUAACAUUAAUUUUCAUCAUCCCAGUGUUGUAAGGCUUUGGUCUUAUUGUCAUUAUCUAAUGGACGUUUUGACUUGGAUGAAACCAGAAGAUAUAAAACAGCACAGGGUCACAGUCAUGUUGAAAAAGUUUAUCCUGGGUAAUACUCAGUUGGACAGAUUAUUAAAGUUUAUAUUGGAUAAUACUCAGUUGGACAGAUUAUUAAAGGCAGUACAAAAAAAUGCACAAAGGGAAGUUUCACUUAAACAACAAAAACAAAAAGAAACUACCUACUUUGCAUAUUGUUUUCAUAAUGCCGUAGAACAGAAACUCAUUGUAUGACUUACGAAGAAAAUUCAAAGACUGUGCUGUUGAUAGCAAGAUUUGUGUUGAAACGUGAAGAAUUUAUUGUAUCAUUCCAUAAAUGCCAUAAAGGAAAUGAGAUGUAAUUUAGUUGUUUGCAAUUAUUAAUCAUGAAAUUAUGAAGAAUACAGAGCACUACUUUGUUAUAGGCAGCCUGUAGUAUAAAGAAAAGAACAAGCCCCCAUUUUACCCAUGAAUAAACAGUCUUAAUCUCAUGAUAACAGAGCUACAGUACAGGGGAAGAGCCCGGGGGUGAGGAAGGCAGAAAUCUUUGUCAUCAGCCAAAACAGACUGAGAUUCAGAGUAAAAGAGACUGGUGACCAGAAUAAGCCUGAAGUCUCAUUUGUUGUUGCUGUUAGUUGCCUCUGCCUCAUAGUGACCCAGUGUUCAACAGAACGAAAAGUCGUCCAGCCCUGUGCUGUCUUCAUGAUCAUUGGUUUGCUUGAGCCCGUUAUUAUGGCCACUGUCUAUUUUGAGUGCCUUCCAACCUAGGGGGCUCAUCUUAUAGUACUACAUUGAAGUAUAUCCUGUUGUGAUCCAUAGGGUUUCUUUAGCUAACGUUCAAAAAUAGAUCACCAGGCCUUCCUUCCUAGUCUGUCUGAGUCUGGUGACCUUGCUGGUUUUUGAAAUACUGGCGACAUAGCUUCCAUCAUCGUAGCAACAUGCAGGGUACCACAGUACAACAGACUGACAAACAGGUGGUGGGAGUCUCUUUAGGGGCAGUCUUUGAUAAUGCUGAAAUGACACUAUACAGAAUUCUUUUGGGGCAUGCGCUUUAUUGUACUUAAGUGCCUACUUCUCAAACCUAAGUGAAAUAAGACUAAGUUGAGUUCCCGUGUUUGUCCAAAUCUCUAGGUAUAAAUAUUAGGAUAUGAAAGAGUCAGUUUCAGUCUCUCCUCCCAUUCCUAUUCUACUUCCUUAAGGCUGCCAUUGAAAAAUCCAAGUAAGGACUGUAUUUCUUUAUUUUUACUGGGGUCUGUGAAUAUGAAUAGUGACUUUAUGAAUAUCUACUUCAAAUAAUUUGUCAGUGCUGAUCUAGAGUGUUAAAGAUAAAUUUCAUUUUUAUUUUCUUGAUUUAAUAGAAGGCCUCUGAUAAGUUUUAUUGAGAUAUUUAGUAAUACAUUUGCAUCUGGGCCCAAAUUUUAGGCAUUAAUGGUUUUAGAUUUACCCUCACAUUUUGUAUUUACAGGGAGAGUAAAAUAAUAUAUAGAGAAUGAUUAACCUAAGCAAAUAUUUGCACUUUUGCCACAGUGUUAGUCAGAUGUUCUAAAGUAAAAUAUUUACUAUAGAAAUUAAAGCUUGGUUAAACUGAAGAACUAGCUGUCUUGCCUUUAAAGAUGAGUAGGUAGAAGAUGUGGCUUCUAAAACCUUAUUUUCAAAGCACCAGACAAAAAUACUAAGAAAAAGACUUCCUGGUUACUAUAAAUAAUUUAGUAUGUCAAUAAUGAUCUAUAAGAUCCAUAUAAUUUAUUUCUUUUAUUUAAAACUCCUAUUCGGUUUGGUUUGGAAGCGCCUCUACCACUCUGUGAGUAAGAGUUAUUUAAUAGGAGCAAGCUUGUUACAGGUUAUUUGUUGCUUUCUCUUCUUGUCUUCUCCCUCAUCCCCAAUAUUUUUUUUUCUUCCUGGAUAAAUUCUGUUAGAUUUUUUGUAAGUUAAAAAAGACAAAUGAUUUGAAAAGCUCAGGAAAUACGUUUUUAGAAGUUUUGUUUUUCCAUUUUUAGCAUUUCUAUUUCUCAGUGCUUAUAAUUAUUUUAUGAAGAAUUUUCAUUCUUUGUUUUUACAUGCCUUCCUGCUUCUCUGGCCCUCCACUCAGGUGGUUGAGCCAUUGGAAAUUUUGACCUGUAUUAAGCAUUUGUAGAAAAUACACAGUAAUGUUUCCUUGACACAUCUUCCUGCAGGACUGACUCAUAUUAACCCACCAAAACCAAACCCGUUGCCGUCCAGUCAAUUCUGACUCACAGUGAUCCUAUAAGACAGAGUAGAACUGCCCCCAUAGGGCUUCCAAGGAUUGGCUGGUGGUUUCAAACUGCCCACCAUUUGGUUAGCAGCCGAGUGCUUAACCACUGUGCCACCAGGGCUCCUGACCCUUGUUAGUGGAAAGUAAUUUUCUCCUGCUGUUUUAUUUAUCUGUCUCUUUUUCUGGGUUAUCAUUUUCUCAGUUUGCAAUUCCUAAUCUGAGUUGGAUGUGAACAGUGAAAGGGUGCUCUCUCACUUGUAAAUUGGUAAGAUUUUUCACACCCCAAUGGGGAACUAAGGUGACAUAAUUCUUUCUUUUCUUUUUAUCCUGGCGGAGCACUUUCUUUUCUUACAAGGACCUUUUUAAGCAUACAUGUUGUAUUUCAUAGUCUCCCUUUUUUACUUGGAAGCCCAUAAUUCUGAUUUUCAUGCCUAAAGAGCCAACUUUUUUUUCCCCCACCCCAGACUCGUUCUCGGUCCUCCUCCUUACUUCCCUUUCUUUCCCCCAUCCAUAUGACUUUAUGUCCUGGUUCUUGAAUUGCCCUUUCCUGUUCCUUUUGAGCCCUGGUGGUUAAGAGUUCGGCUGCUAACCAAACGUCGGCAGAUAGAAUCCACUAGCUGCUCCUUGGGAACUCUACAGGACAAGUUCUACUCUGUCCCUUAGGUUUGCUAUGAGUCAGAAUUGACUCGACAGCAAUGGAUUUUUUUGGUUCGUUUUGAAGUUUUUCUGCAACCAUUUUCUGUGGAAUCCUUUGCAUUUAAGCCAGAGUUCCACAGGGAGACUUUGCUUUACAGAACACCACGCUUGCCUUCUCAGAUUUGGAAGCUCUUCAGAUGUAAAGGAAUAGUUACUCACAUUUGGCUUCCUCCACGGGGGGUGGCUGACCUUUCCCUGUCAGAGAUCACUGGUACCUGGGACUCUCAAGGUGACAAGAAGUGUCCCAGAGAAAUGGAACUCAUGCAUACACUCCAGGCUUUUUGUGUUUUGUUUCCUCCCACCCCAUUCUUGGAAUAAUAGCCAAAGAGUCAGAGUGAUAAUUACUGAGCAAGUUUAUCUGGUCUUCGCCACUUCCCCGUAAGUCUGUAUGAAAAGGGUGUUGGUGUGAUGUGACUGCCAUUCUGCCAAUGCAUUAAAUCCCUGGCUACACAUCCCUGUGAUAACACUCCCGCCAUAACAUCACCCAGAAAAAGGUCUUCCCUGAAUAUUGUUUUAAAGCCAGUGCUGCAGUAUUAUAGAAAAACACUUACGGUUCAAGUUUUAAGAGGAAUUUUAUGUAAUAACCCUGCCCAAAGCCAUGAGUUCUCAAUGUUUUUGCCUCUUUUCCUGUGUAUGAGCAGCCUGUGAUAAUCAGCACGCGCGCGCGUGUGCACACACACACACACACACACACAAUCAGCACAAGUGGAAGAUAAAACAAGUGAAGUGCUCAGAGUGUUUGGAGAUAAUUUCAAUCGUUCUUGAAAAAUAAGUGAUUGAAAACAUGUGCCCCUAAAAGCUCUAGUUUUGCAGAAAAACGGAAUCCUGCCUGUCAUCUUGUUUUGUAAAUACAGAGGUAACUUAUCAGCUUUGCAGAAACUGGAGUUUUGUUUUUAUUAUGAGGAAAAAUGUGCAGCCUCCUACAUACUUACACAGCAAUUGCAUGGAAUUGGAAAAAUCCUCUGAGAGGGGAUAGGCUUAUGAUUUUAUCCUGACUGUCAUUACAUAUAGCCUAUCUGCCAGAGACUCUAGACCCCGGUUUUAGAGUGAUGGCAUAAUAUGUUGAGCGAGGAGAGGAGAUCUGUGUGGAAGGGGGAAUUUACAGAGGAAGAGUGCUGACGGUAUAAGAUAAUGGAGCCUGCGAUUUUAAAUCUUGGCAGAUGUGACUAUGUUGGAUAAAAGGUAUAGUGGAGAAAAAUGCUUUCUUGCUCUUUUUCCCUCAGGUCAAGUUGUAUAAAUUGCUGAAAGAAUGGAAGAAUAAAGCCUUAGAUUGCUAUGGGACUCUCUCACCUAUAUUUUGUAAGAAAAAUCUGUUGUCUUUGUGAGAGCCAAGGAUAAGGUCCCUGUGUUCAUGUUUAUGCAUAUUCUUGUACUUGAUGCUAUUGGAGUUGAUUAAAAGGGAUUGGCUUACUGAUGAAAUGGGGAAAAUGAAUUCUUAAUAUUUUUAUUUACAUGCAUUUGGUGUAGAUCAGCACUGCCUAGUAGAACUAUAUGUGACGAUGGAACUGUUCUUUAUCUGCACCAUCUAGUAUUAGCCACAUGUGGCUGUUGAAUACUUGAACUAUGGCUAGUGUGACUGAAGAAUCGAAUUUUUCAUUUUACUUAAUUUAAAUAGCCAUGUGUGACUAAUGGCUACCAUAUUGGGUACCACAAUCCUAGAUUAAAUCUCUUAAGUGAUUCGUAUGCCUAUAAAAUGAAUAAUAUCUGAUGGCAUAUCCUCAUACAGACAUAUUAAAGUUCUGUGGACACGUACUUUUACUGCUUUUUUAAAGAGAAUGUUGGAAUGAAAAAGGAGUAUAAAGUCACUAUUACUGUGUGAGAUGGAGAGUUAUGAUUUAAUUUUUAAAACAAAAACCCCAAAAGUAGCCUGUUUUAAGAAAAACAUUAAUGAGAACCUUUUCAUUCUGCUUUAAGAACUUGUGCUCUUUGAUUAUAAAAGAGUAAAGCUUGUUAGUACAUAAUGAUUAAUGAAAGUCUAAUAAUGGAUUUGGUCCAUUCAUCAAAUAUUUGAUUGCUUUCAAAGGUAAAUAUGGCAUAAUUCCUGUGCCUGGGGUUCUAAGCUGAAACUAGUAGACCAUGCUUAUACACCUGAUUAAGGUUGGCUUGGGUAGACCAGUUCUCCAGAGGACUAUGGAAGCCCUUUAGUGGGAAAUGAAGACUCAAGGAAAGCUACCCGGAGAACUGACAACUCUUCCUGUUAAUCAGUACAAACCAAAGGAACUUGCCUAGGAUCAGCUGGAGGGGUUCUAGCAUACUGUUUCUGCAAAUUGUUUAUUGAGUGCCUUUGUGCUGGGGGUUCUAUAAGAUGUGUAGAACAUGGUUUGUUUGUUAUCAUCAGGAUUAACUGACACGUAUUGGGCAUCUUGUAUCUGUUAGGCAUUGUGCGGAUUAGUGUUACAUGGAGCAUUUCUUUUAAUCUUCACAGUAACUUCAUGGAAUACAUUAUAUUAGUAUAUUCAUUUUCUAAAUGAAGAAACUGAAGUUUAGACAGAGAAAUUCACUUGCCCGAGAUUAUAAAGCUAGCAAUGAGGAAGAUAAUGUUUCUCUCACCCUUAACAGAGAAGAAUGAGGGGAGACAAUAUAUAAAACAUACGAGUCAGUGAAUAAUAAGGUGUUUUAUAUGAGUAAUAUAUGUUACAUCGCAAAGUUGUAAACUAAUAGCAAUAGGAAUUAAAGAAAGGCAAGAAUGGCAUGGUAUGGGUUGAGGUAUCAGGGAUAACUUCUCAGAGAAUGUAGGACUUGAAGUGGACUUGAAUGAUGUGCAGUUAUUCAGCAAUUGUUUAUUGAGCUAGCAGUAAAGACAGUGUGAGCAAAGGUGAAAGAGAGUAAGCCCAAGUGUAGGGGACACAUUCAGAAGGUUUGUAUUGUAGAGUUGUCAGGAAAUAAGGUUGUAUAGCGAGAACUGGAGGGGUGGUUUCUUGAAUGAGGAAAUUGGACCUAAUGUGAUCUUUCUUAAAUGAGAAUCCACUCCUACUGCCGUCGAGUUGAUUCCGACUCAUAGCAACCCUGUGAGACAGAGUAGAACUGCCACAUAGAGUUCCCAAGAAGUGCCUGGUGGAUUUGAACUGCUGACCUAAAUGAGAAUCGGUAGGUGUUUAUUGAGAGGGUAAGUGGGGUCCAGGUAUGGAGAAAAAGGUUCACAGUAUCUUCCUCCAAACUCAUGUAGUUCAAGGUGGUGAUUGCUAAAUGCCACCUGUUUGCUGUUACCUCCACCGUAUAUGGUGCUCAUUCACUUUGACUGGAUAGCAGUCCUUGGUGCGCACAGCAAAGUUCUGCCCCUUUCCUUGGCUUUUGCAUGACAUACAUAUCGUCCUAAGGAAGAAUGAGAGGUGGCAUGGAUCAUUUAUAAGCUUUGGAAUGUGGAGAUGAAUUACACUGGCAAAUGUACUGUGAAUGUUUGAUUCUGUUGAUGAGUUGAACACUUGUUUUACCCACAGACUUUGUAAAACCUUUAAUAUGACAGUAAGCUAUGUUGUUGUUAGGCACCACUGAGUCCGUUCCGACUUACAGCAACCGGAUGCACAACAGAACGAAACACUGCCCGGUCCUGUGCCAUCCUUACAAUUGUAGUUAUGCUUGAGCUCAUUGUUGCAGCCACUGUGUCAAUCCACCUUGUUGAGGGUCUUCCUCUUUUCUGUUGACCCUGUACUUUACCAAGCAUGAUGUCCUUCCCCAGGGACUGAUCCCUCCUGACAAUAUGUCCAGAGUAUGUAAGACGCAGUCUCACCGUCCUUGGUUCUAAGAAGCGUUCUGGUUGUACAUCUUCCAAGACAGAUUUGUUCGUUCUUUUGGCAGUCCAUGGUAUAUUCAAUAUUCUUCGCCAACACCACAAUUCAAAGGUGUCAGUUCUUCUUUGGUCUUCCUUAUUCGUUGUCUAGCUUUGACAUGUGUAUGAUGCGAUUGAAAAUAAAGUGCUUUUCAACACUUUAAAGAGGUCUCUUGCAGCAGAUUGACCCAAAGCAGUGCGUCGUUUGAUUUCUUGACUGCUGCAUCCAUGGCUGUUGAUUGUGGAUCCAAGUAAAAUGAAAUCCUUGACAACUUCAAUCUUUUCUCCGUUUAUCAUGAAGUAGCUCAUUGGUCCAGUUGUGAGGAUUUUUAUUUUCUUUAUGUUCAGCUGUAAUCUACACUGAAGGCUGUGGUCUUUGAUCUUUACUAGGAAAUGCUUCAAGUCCUCCUCACUUUCAGCGAGCAAGGUUGUGUCAUCUUCAUAACACAGGUUGUUAAUGAGUCUUCUUCCAAUCCUAAUGCCCUGUUCUUCUUUAUAUAGUCCACCUUCUUGGAUUAUUUGCUCAGUGUACAGAUUGAAUAGACAUGGUGAAAGGAUACAACCCUGACGCACACCUUUCCUGACUUUAAACCAAUCAGUAUCCCCUUGUUCUGUUCGAACAACUGCCUCUUGAUCUGUGUAAGGGUUCCUCUUGAGCACAAGUGUUCUGGUAUUCCCAUUCUUCACAGUGUUAUCCAUUGUGAAGAACAGGAAUUUGCCCCCACAUGUCUGUCUGUCUGUCUUUCAGUAAGCUGUGUAGAUGGUAAGAAUCUUUAUGAGUGAUGUGUCUUGCACUUAACUUUACAGAGAAGGUUUCAUCGCUGAGAUUGUUGGGUUUGUGCACCUGUCAUAGGGCCCCCAGAUGUUCUUUCUAAGGACUUUCGUUAGGAAAAUGCUACCAUGGGCUGUUCUCAUAGUUUCUGUCUUUAGCGCUAUACCCUUCCUUCGUUUGAUACUUUUCUUGAAUCAUCAUAUUCAUUCCUAUGGAUUUAAAUAUCUUAUAUGCUGAUGGUUUCCAAGUUCAUAUCCUCGCCUUGGUCUUUCUCCUGAGCAUCCAGCUGCCUAAGUAGGUUCCUCAGUCUGGAUGGCCCUGGUAAUAGGCAGCUCAGACCUGACACUUUUCAAAAUCAAAAUCUUUUCUCCAUUCACCAGCCACCCACCCAAAGCUUCUGCUUUCCUUCUCUUUCUCUGUUCGGUUAUGUGAGAUUAACUACCCAGCUGUCAAAACUAGAAAUAGAAAUCCUGAUGUCCUGUUUAGUUCUUCUGUCUUUGAUCCCCAUCUGGUUAAUUUAACAAACAGACAAAGAAAGAAAGAAAGAAACAAACAAACAAACAACACAGAGCAAAACAGCAAACCCCUUGCCAUCAAGGUGAUUCUGACUCAUGGCAACCCCAUGUGUUACAAGGUAGAACUGAGCUCCAUAGGGUUUUCUUGCCUGUAAUUUUUAUCAACGGAGAUCGCCAGCCCUUUCUUCCACAGCACUGAUGGGUAGUCUUGAUCCGUCAACCAUUAGGUUAGUAGUUGAGCACAAACCAUUUGUGCCACCUGGGGCCUUAUCCAGUUGAUUACCAAGCUUAAAUUUUACAGGAAAAGUUAAUAGUGUAACCAACAAACAUUUAUCCUACUGUUUUUGAUCCUGGUGGAGAGUAGGCUUGACUUAGUUGUUGAUGUGGUUGUGGGGCCUUUUGGGAUGCUUAAAACCUCUUUUCUACUCUUGGGAGUGUCUGUGUGCGUGUGUGUUUUUUAAUGGUGACAAAAGAGCUACCUUUUCUGCAAAAUUCUAAAAUUCUGUACAUGUAUCUGUAAUGCUUCCUACUUGUUUUGUAUCAUGUCGUUUGCUUAAAAGAUAUAAAAAGUGACAGACCUAUAGGGAAGAAUUAACACAUAUCAUAUCCAACUGGUUAAAAAAUACUGUAAAUUACCAGUUGCUGAAAAUGGCACACAUGUCUCUAGGUAGUUAUUCAUAUUGUUAGUCAAUUUGCAAGUUGCAAAGCCAAGCAGGGAGAAGAGUAAAGAAAGGGAUCUGUGUAUUUCCCCUAGGUCUCAUGCAUUUGAUCAAAUUAACUUUAAUCAGAAGUGGCAGUUUUCCAUUGAAAGCUUUUGAGAAGAAAUCCCCUGUUUGCUGAAGUGAGAAAGAGGAUUUCUUUUGAGAAUGCUGUUCUAACCCUAUGCUCCAUUUACAUUUCGGCCUUCUAGGUUACAUUUGUCAGUUACUAUUGGGAUUUAUGUUCUCUCGUGUUGAAUAUUGCCUUGCUUGCAUUUUCCAGGAUAAUCUUAAAGGUCACUAGAGACUAGAGCUCUUCAGUGUACGUUUACAUUGGGCAAUCAACUGAGCUUCUGAUAUUUUUGUGGUUGGAUUAUGGAAUGAGUAUUUUGCUUCUAGGUUUAAUUUUUCCUUGACAGCAAAAUUGAGGAAGUUUUUUUUGAGGGAACCUGAUUUUGAACGGUUGGGAUACAUACUUUACUUAAUAUGGCAACUGCUCCACUGUCUCUUUAUCUGGCACUAUAUGAGAUGAAAGAAAAGAUCUCAGAAAACAAUCGGUGCGUGGUCAGGCCUGCCAACACAUGACCAAUACAAGUCUUGUUAGAGGAUCUACUUGGUUGCGGAAGAAAUGCACAACCCUGCCUCCAUUUACCCAGCUCCGUGUUUCCAGUUAUUGUCAUAGGUGUGAUGCUGUUCAGUUGCUUUCAUGUUUCAAAAACUUGGUUGGUAAACUCUGAAAACUUAGCUUUAUUAACCUGAAAAAGAAGUCUGUAUUACUUUCCUUCCAAUGAUAAUGUUCAGGUCUAUAAAUCAGAAAGUUCUUUUUCAGCCUACAGGGUUGUAUUAAUAAUCUGUCAACUUAAUGGCACCUAACAGCCUAACAACAAAAACCAAAACCAAAACUGUUGCCGUUGAGUCAAUUCCGACUCACAGAGACCCUAUAAGACAGAGUAGAAGUGCCCCAUAGGGUUUCCAAGGAGCAUUUGGUGGAUUCAAACUGCCGACCUUCUGGUUAGCAGCCAACCUCUUGACCACUACACCACCAGGGCUCCCUUACUCUAUAGUUAUUACUGAUUAAGUGUAUUCAAGUCUCUCAUUCUCCCUUCCCUUCUUUCCCUUCUCUUUCAUUUCCUUCCCUUCUCCUUUUCUUGCUUCCUAGGUAGAAUUAUUUUACCCUGAGCAAGUGAUAUUAAAGUUUUUUUUUUUUUUUGGUAAAUACUUGAUAGAAACAUGCUGGGAUAUUCUUAAGAGUUAUUUUUACUUUGACAGGGGACUCUUUGAAAACUGUGACAAUACAAUGUGGUUGAUACAUUGGGGCCAGAAGCCUGUAUAUCUGAGGCUGAAGAAGCAGAGAGGGGCCUGUGAAAGUCUUCCAGUUCCUGCUGACACCCACAGUGGGAGCUUUAGCGUUGUUGAAACGUUGGGGUUAUUGGAGUGGUUGGAUUUUUCCUGGAAUUGAGUGAGAAAUUCAGAAGACUGAAGCCCAGGCUUACUGUCUACCUUUCACGGAGGCCUAGCCGUGAGAGGACAGAAGAAGGCACGUGGCGAAUCAUGACAGCUGACAAAGACAAAGACAAAGACAAAGAGAAGGACCGGGACCGAGAUCGGGACCGAGAGAGAGAUAAAAGAGACAAAGCAAGAGAGAGUGAGAAUUCAAGGCCACGCCGGAGCUGUACCUUGGAAGGAGGAGCAAAAAAUUAUGCUGAGAGUGAUCACAGUGAAGACGAGGACAAUGACAACAACAGUGCCACCACGGAGGAGUCCACGAAGAAGAACAAAAAGAAACCACCGAAAAAAAAAUCUCGUUAUGAAAGAACAGACACUGGCGAGAUAACAUCCUACAUCACUGAGGAUGAUGUUGUCUAUAAACCAGGAGGUUCUACACUAUUGCCAAACAAUACUGUGUGUAUAUCGAGAGUCGGAGGCCAAACACACCGUAUUUCAUCUGUAGCAUUCAAGACUUCAAACUGUUUGCCCAGGCUCUCAGGGGAAAAGAUGGACAGAAGGAAAUAUGCUUUGUUUCUCUGCAAGAUUAAAAAAAAAAAAAAGAAAGAAAGAAAGAAAUUGGAGUUGGUUUUGUCCACAGCAAAUAACAUGGUCCACAACUCCCAGGCCUGUUGCAGAUCUCCAACUCCUGCUUUGUGUGACCCCCCAGCAUGCUCUCUGCCGGUGGCAUCACAGCCACCACAACAUCUUUCUGAAGCCGGGAGAGGGCCUGUAGGGAGUAAGAGGGACCAUCUACUCAUGAACGUCAAAUGGUACUACCGUCAGUCUGAAGUUCCCGAUUCUGUGUAUCAGCAUUUGGUUCAGGAUCGACAUAAUGAAAACGACUCUGGAAGAGAACUUGUCAUUACAGACCCCGUUAUCAAGAACCGAGAGCUCUUCAUUUCUGAUUAUGUUGACACCUACCAUGCUGCUGCCCUUAGAGGGAAGUGCAACAUCUCCCAUUUUUCUGACAUAUUUGCUGCCAGAGAGUUUAAAGCCCGAGUCGAUUCAUUUUUCUACAUAUUAGGCUACAAUCCCGAGACAAGGAGGCUGAACAGCACCCAGGGAGAGAUUCGAGUUGGCCCUAGCCAUCAGGCCAAACUUCCAGAUUUGCAACCGUUUCCUUCUCCAGAUGGUGACACUGUGACCCAACAUGAAGAAUUGGUUUGGAUGCCUGGAGUGAAUGACUGUGAUCUCCUCAUGUACUUGAGGGCAGCAAGAUUUUGGAACUGUUCAUCAGAAGGAAAACAUCUUAAAGCUAUGGACGCAGUUAUCACCACGUCAUCCAGUUGGGUAAUUGGGAGCAUGGCAGCAUUUGCAGGGAUGUGUGAUGGGGGCUCCACAGAAGAUGGCUGUGUUGCAGCGUCUCGGGAUGACACCACUCUCAAUGCACUGAACACGCUACAUGAAAGUGGCUAUGAUGCUGGCAAAGCCCUGCAGCGCCUGGUAAAGAAACCUGUGCCCAAGCUGAUUGAAAAGUGCUGGACUGAGGAUGAAGUGAAACGCUUCGUUAAGGGGCUCAGGCAGUACGGCAAGAACUUCUUCAGAAUUAGAAAGGAGCUGCUUCCCAAUAAGGAAACAGGGGAACUAAUCACCUUCUACUACUACUGGAAGAAAACCCCUGAAGCAGCCAGCUCCCGGGCCCAUCGCCGGCACCGCAGGCAGGCCGUGUUCAGGAGGAUUAAAACCCGAACAGCAUCCACACCUGUCAACACACCCUCCAGGCCCCCCUCUAGUGAAUUCUUGGACCUGAGUUCAGCCAGCGAGGAUGACUUCGACAGUGAGGACAGUGAGCAGGAGCUGAAGGGAUACGCCUGCCGCCACUGCUUCACCACCACCUCUAAAGACUGGCACCACGGUGGCCGGGAGAACAUCCUGCUCUGCACGGAUUGCCGCAUCCACUUCAAGAAGUACGGCGAGCUCCCCCCCAUCGAGAAGCCAGUGGAUCCCCCACCAUUUAUGUUCAAACCCGUCAAAGAGGAGGAUGAUGGGCUCAGUGGGAAGCAUAGCAUGAGGACGCGGCGGAGUCGUGGCUCGAUGUCUACACUACGCAGUGGUCGGAAGAAGCAACCAGCCAGUCCUGAUGGUCGUGCCUCACCCAUCAAUGAAGACAUCCGCUCCAGUGGCCGGAACUCACCCAGCGCUGCCAGCACCUCCAGCAAUGACAGUAAAUCAGAGACAGUGAAGAAAUCGGCCAAGAAGGUUAAGGAAGAAGCCUCAUCGCCUCUUAAGAGCACCAAGCGCCAGCGGGAGAAGGUAGCCUCAGACACGGAGGAGGUGGACAGGACCAACUCCAAGAAAACCAAGACCCAGGAGAUCAGCCGGCCCAACUCACCAUCUGAAGGCGAGGGAGAGAGUUCAGACAGUCGCAGUGUCAAUGAUGAGGGCAGCAGUGACCCCAAAGACAUCGACCAGGACAAUCGCAGCACGUCCCCCAGCAUCCCCAGCCCCCAGGACAACGAGAGUGACUCGGACUCCUCGGCUCAGCAGCAGAUGCUGCAGGCCCAGCCCCCAGCCUUGCAGGCUCCCAGUGGGGCAGCCCCAACUCCCUCCACAGCCCCGCCAGGAGCCACCCAGCACUCCACUUCAGGGCCCACGCCCUCUGUCCCAGCAGGUCCUCCCCAGGGCUCCCCCUCAGCUUCCCAGCCUCCAAACCAGCCGCAGGCUUCCACGGCACCUGCUCCCCACACCCACAUCCAGCAGGCACCCGCCCUGCACCCUCAGCGGCUGCCCUCACCACAUCCUCCGCUGCAGCCUCUGACCGGGCCGGCUGGCCAGACCACAGCCCAGCCUCACGCCCAGCCCUCCCUGCACAGUCAGGGCCCACCUGGCCCUCACAGUUUACAGGCUGGUCCUCUGUUGCAGCAUCCGGGCCCGCCUCAGCCCUUUGGCCUCCCUCCCCAGGCCACCCAAGGCCAGGCCCCCCUAGGGGCCCCUCAGGCAGCAGCCCACCCUCAUAGCACCCUGCAGCUCCCUGCCUCUCAGGCAGCAUUGCAGUCACAGCAGCCCCCACGUGAGCAGCCCUUGCCACCGGCCCCCUUGGCCAUGCCUCACAUCAAGCCCCCCCCCACCACGCCCAUUCCCCAACUGCCUGCACCACAGGCGCACAAGCACCCACCUCACCUCUCAGGGCCCUCCCCCUUCUCCAUGAAUGCCAACCUACCACCCCCACCAGCACUGAAGCCCCUGAGCUCCCUGUCCACACACCACCCCCCCUCGGCCCACCCUCCACCCCUGCAGCUCAUGCCACAGAGCCAGCCUUUGCCCUCCUCCCCCGCCCAGCCCCCCGUGCUGACCCAGAGCCAGAGCCUGCCCCCCACUGCUGCUGCCCACCCCACAUCAGGCCUACACCAGGUGGCCCCCCAGCCCUCAUUCGCUCAGCACCCCUUUGUCCCUGGGGGCCCUCCUUCCAUCACCCCUCCGGCCUGCCCCUCCACCUCCACUCCACCUGCGGGACCUGGUACCUCAGCCCAGCCACCCUGCUCUGCUGCUGUUUCUUCAGGGGGCAGCAUGCCUGGGGGCACAUCCUGCCCUCUCCCCACUGUCCAGAUAAAGGAAGAGGCUCUGGAAGAGGCCGAGGAGCCAGAGAGCCCCCCGCCCCCACCAAGGAGCCCAUCCCCGGAGCCCACCGUGGUGGACACCCCCAGCCAUGCCAGCCAGUCGGCCAGGUUCUACAAACACCUGGACCGGGGCUACAACUCGUGUGCACGGACAGACCUGUACUUCAUGCCUCUGGCGGGGUCCAAACUGGCCAAGAAGAGGGAGGAGGCCAUUGAGAAGGCCAAGCGGGAGGCUGAGCAGAAAGCCCGUGAGGAGCGGGAGCGUGAGAAGGAGAAGGAGAAAGAGCGCGAGCGGGAGCGCGAGCGGGAGCGCGAGGCCGAGCGUGCAGCUCAGAAGGCGUCCAGCUCAGCACAUGAAGGCCGUCUCAGCGAUCCCCAGCUCAGUGGUCCUGGCCACAUGCGGCCAUCCUUCGAGCCCCCACCCACCACCAUUGCCGCAGUGCCCCCGUACAUUGGGCCCGACACGCCUGCCCUCCGGACUCUGAGCGAGUAUGCACGGCCCCACGUCAUGUCGCCCACCAACCGCAACCACCCCUUCUACAUGCCCCUCAACCCCACCGACCCCUUACUGGCCUACCACAUGCCUGGCCUCUACAAUAUUGACCCCACCAUCCGUGAGCGGGAGCUCCGGGAACGCGAGAUCCGAGAGCGGGAGAUCCGGGAGCGCGAGUUGCGGGAGAGGAUGAAGCCGGGCUUUGAGGUGAAGCCCCCGGAGCUGGACCCCCUGCACCCAGCCACCAACCCCAUGGAGCACUUCGCCCGGCACAGUGCCCUCACCAUCCCCCCCACUGCUGGCCCCCAUCCUUUUGCUUCAUUCCACCCGGGCCUGAACCCCUUGGAGAGGGAGAGACUGGCCCUGGCAGGCCCCCAGCUUCGGCCUGAAAUGAGCUACCCAGAUAGACUGGCAGCUGAGCGGAUCCACGCUGAGCGCAUGGCCUCGCUGACCAGCGACCCCCUGGCGCGGCUGCAGAUGUUCAACGUGACGCCACACCACCACCAGCACUCCCACAUCCACUCGCACCUCCACCUCCACCAGCAGGACCCACUCCAUCAAGGUUCUGCAGGCCCUGUACACCCACUGGUUGACCCCUUGACCGCAGGCCCACACCUGGCUCGCUUCCCCUACCCCCCUGGCACCCUCCCCAACCCUCUUCUUGGACAGCCGCCUCAUGAGCACGAGAUGCUUCGUCAUCCAGUGUUUGGUACCCCCUACCCUCGAGACCUGCCGGGGGCCAUCCCGCCCCCUAUGUCAGCAGCCCACCAGUUGCAGGCCAUGCAUGCCCAGUCGGCCGAGCUGCAGAGACUGGCCAUGGAGCAGCAGUGGCUGCACGGACACCCCCACAUGCAUGGCGGCCACCUACCAAGUCAGGAAGAUUAUUACAGUCGACUGAAGAAAGAAGGUGACAAGCAGUUAUAAGUUAUUUAUUUGUUAACGCUGGCUGUGGAAACCCCAGUUCUUGAGGGAAGAAACAGGACUUUUUACAUACAAUAGGAGCUGCAAAAGCAAAAAGAAUUAUCUUCUAAAGAUUUCUUUAUAUAUUUAAAAACCCCACAACUAAAAAUGUAUCAGCAUCCUAGUGUUCGUUUGUAGAGAGGAUUCCUUGAGACUGGUUUGGGUCUCCCUGCAUGACAGUCCCCAGAAACUUAGUGAGUCCUGGACUGGACUGACCAUUCAGAAACCUUCCCUGCAAUCUUGGGGUUUGGCUUUAGUUUUCUCUUCCUUCCUUAGUUUCUCAGUAGGUGCUAGAAUCCACUUCACACCCUUCACUGUGCGUGCAGACACACUCAGUUACGUGUGUUCCAAAACCCACAAGGUUUGCAGACAGGCGGCAUAUAUGAAUUUGGAAUCCAAGAACUAUAAUUUUUAAGAAAUCUUUUAUUUUAAUACAUUGUAGGAAAUCUUCAUAAUUUGAGAAAGUUCUGCAGCAUGGCUUUUUAAGUCUGUAAAUAAAUAAUUUUAGAACAGCCUUUUUUUUUCCCCUCCCACAAACUACUAUUCUCAUCUAUUUUUUUCCAGCCAUGUCACUAAUUGUGAAUUCCUACCAGCUAUUGACAGAAUACAGAGUUGAUUUUUUAAUAAAAAGUUAUAUAUAA